UCCGCGCGGGGGAGGAGAGCUCGGCUUCCCGCGCGCGCUGGUCGCCGCCUGCGCCCGCGCCCCCACGAUCCGGGGCGCAGCACCUACGCCGCUCCGCGCACAGGUUGCGCCACGUAGCCUUGACGCCUGUAACCCCCGCAGCUCCCGAGGACGCAGCGAGGAACCGAUUCUCACGCUGGAAGCGACUGGGUCGCAGGGGCGCCCCGAGGCGAAGGAGCCCCGCACGCCAUGCAGCCCCCUCCCGACUGGCCCCCGGCGUCCGGUGCCCUACGGCCUUCUCCCUUCCCGCACCCUGGACUGCACGCCCUCCACCGCCUUGCUCGAGCCUUGCUCUUCCCGGCCUACUGGGCCCUGGACCGGCUGCUGGGCCGCUGCGCGCCGGCCGCGCGCCCGAGCGGCCUGCGGUGGCUGACGGCGGCGGCGGGCGCCGGGGCCGCGCUGCUGCUGCUGCUGCUGGUCGGCCUGCCCCUGGCGCUGCCCGGCCUGCCGCUGUGGCUGCUCCUGCAGACCUGGCGCCGCCCCUUCUGCUACCAGCCGCCGCCGCAGUGCUGGGCGCCCCCAGCGCCCUGGCGCCCCCCGGCUGAGCCCGCGCGCUGCUUCAGCUUCCUCAGCGCGAACCUGUGCCUGCUCCCCGACGGGCUGGCGCGCUUCAGCAACCUGAAACACAGCCAGCGGCGCGCGGAGGCUGCGGGCGCCGCGCUGCUCGCCGGCCUGCGGCCCUCGCGCUACGGGGCCACGGGCUGCAGUCCGCCGGGGCCGGGGGCGCCCUGCGGGGUGCUGACGGCCGAGGUCCCGGCAGGUCUGGACUUCGUGUGCCUGCAGGAGGUGUUCGACCUGCGCUCGGCCCACCGCCUCGUGAGCCGCCUGGCACCCAGUCUGGGCCCGGUGCUGUACGACGUAGGCUCGUGUGGCCUGCAACGCGGGCCGCACCUCAAGCUGCUCGGCAGCGGGCUGCUGCUGGCCUCGCGCUACCCUCUGCUGCGCGCCGCCUUCCGACCCUUCCCCCACGCACGUCGCGAGGACGCGCUGGCCUCCAAGGGACUGCUUUCCACACAGGCGCAAGUGGGCAUCCUGGACGGGCGCCGCGUCGUGGGCUUCCUGCACGGCACGCACUUGCAUGCGCCAAGCGAGGAUGGGCCCUUGCGCUGUAAGCAGCUGACGCUCCUACUGGACUGGAUCGAGCAGUUUGAAGCCGAGAGCCGCCAGAGUGGCGAGGCCGUAGCCUUCAGCGUGCUCCUGGGCGACCUAAACUUCGACAACUGCUCGUUAGAGGACGCGCAGGAGCAGGAGCACCCGCUCUUCAGCCACUUCCGAGACCCCUGCCGGCUCGGCCCGCGCCGGGAUCAGCCCUGGGCCCUGGGCACGAUGCUGACCGCCUCCACCCUCCGCCACUCCGAGGCCUGCUCCCCGGAGAUGUUAAGGAGGGCCCUGGAGCAGGAGAAAGGGCGCCUCCGCUACCUGGCGGGCCCUCCGGGCGGAGGCCACCGGGCGGAGCCCUGGCGGGGCCGCCGCCUGGACUACAUCGUGCACCGGGGAGCGGCCGGAGGCCCGCUAAGCCCGGAAGCGGAACAGGUGACCUUCAGCACGGCCCUGGCGGGGCUCACAGACCACCUGGCCGUGGGACUUCGGCUCCGAGUUUCCGUGCCCUCCUGACACAGGCUCCCAGGCGACGGAUGACGACGGACGGACACGGACGCGCAGCGUC